AUGAUCACGCGGUGCCCGAACCUGCGCGUGCUGGAGGUAUGCGGGUGCUGGGGCCUCGACACCGUCAAAAUCCACUCGCCGACCAUCGAGGAGCUUGUACUGGACAAUAACGGUGUACUGGGUAACCUUGAUGUCGUAGCCCCAGUGCUCGAGCAGUUCAGGCUGCAAGCCACCAUGGGCAGGGACUUCAACGUGCUAUUCUCAGCGCCGAUGGUACGGUAUCUCUGGUGGUGGUGCUCGUGCGAGCAGCGGAAUGUCGGAAUCGGCGAGGCUUGGUACCUGAGAAGCCUGGAUCUGUGGACAGAGGAGAGUGCCUACGUCUUACAGCUCAACAUUGAUUUUUCGACGCAUAUGCCUGUGGACCAUGGCUUGAUUCAACAGAUAGCACAGCUUCCUCAAUUUUCUGUUCUCAAGAUAUAUUUGGCAGCAUAUGGACAUGUUUUUGGAGCACCAGUGUUGGAUCUACUUGGGACUUACACUGGUAUACUUAGACUUAAGGUGGUCAUACGAAACUUAGAGAGAACACAAGAAUGCCUGCCAGGUUGCCUUUGUGAUGCAUCCCGGCCAUACUGGAGAAGUCAAAGUAUCCCGCUGCUGUUUCUGGAAGAAAUAGAAAUAGAUGGUUUUGAGGGCACUAGCCAUGAAGUUGAUUUCUUGAAACUUCUAUUCAGAUGCGCAACUCUGAUGAAAAGAAUGACCGUGAGGUUGUCCCGUAAGGUUUUCCCAAGUGAUGGAGCACACGAGGAAAUGCGCAAGAUUUUCGAGGCGUAUGCAUCCGUGGAAUGCUUAGUUUAUGGCAGCUCUGGGCGGGUUAUUGACAUAUGAUUCUAAUUGUGACAAGAGAGGACAUCCCCAGUCUCCAUCUUAUCAAAAUUUGAGCUACUGCCGUGUCUUCCUUAGCCUAGUCUUGGUGUUCUGCUGAAGAUUUACUGCAAUGCACAGACCAUUUGGCUGUCCUGGAUUAUUUUCUGUCAGGUAUGAACUUGGUUGGCAGCAUUACAGGUCCGAGCAUAAAAGAAGAAUGGAGUGAGACGUGAGGGAGGUAGCUCACUGGACCUGAAAAUUGUGUUUACGGUCCGUAGUGUACAAGUGGUAGAUGCCCAAUUGAUGAUAUAGAUAGCAGGGGCUAUUUUUCGUGUGUGGUUGCCUUGUUUGGCCAGUGUCCGUUAGUGUGUAGAUGCAGCUUGUACUGCUGUUUAUACCAACAAUUACUUGUAUGUAUAGUGGGUGCCGUAAAUAUGUUAUCAGAAACAGAUAUAAUGUAUAAGCAGAUUUGAUUAAUCUGGCCCAGA